AUGGCGUUCCUGCGGCAGCUGCGCUCCCCUCGCCUCUCCUUCAUCCAGACCGUUGUGUCUCUCUUCAUGGGCGCCCUCGCCCUCAUGUCCUCCUACUGGUGCGAGGGCCAACAGAAGGUGCCCAAGCCCCUCUGUUCGCCCGUCAAGCACAGCAACUGCAUCCCCGUUCCCGGCGUCUCCAACUCCUCCACCAUCCAGUUCUCCUGGGAGACCGGCGACGACCGCUUCAUCUUCCCCGUCUUUCACACGGGCCUGUUCCUCAUCUGCGAGGAGGACAUCUACGCAGAUGCAGCACCGGAGAAGUGUCGGGGGUUUCACACGUUGACUCCGGGAUCUGAAAAAGCGAUGAUGUGGCUGUCUCUGUCGUUGGAGAUCAUGUACGUGGGUCUGCUGUUAAUCAGCUGCACGCUGCUGUCCAUGCAGUUGUGCAUCCGGGCCUGGUGCCCCUCCACGCGCCGCUGGGGCCAGCUGCUCAACGCCUUCGCCGCCGUCUUCACCGUCCUUGGAGGUCUGCUUGGGAUGGUGGGUCACAUGAUGUUCAUGCAGGUGUUUCAGACCACGGCCUCAAUGGGACCAGAAGACUUCAAGCCUCACAGCUAUGGGUACUCGUGGGCGUUCUAUGUGGCCUGGUUCGCCUUCACGGUCUGCAUGUCGGCCGGCGUCUCCACUCUGAACAACUACACCAAGAAGGUGCUGAUGGUGGGGCCGCGGCACAGCUCCAGCCUCAACGCCUGCAGCUUUAACUUCGUGGGCCUCCUGCCACCUUACUACACCCCGGCGCACCCAUCCACGGCCCUGGCCUGUCCCCCGUCUCCCCCCCGGAUCUCCCACUUGUCUCCCUACUACGAGCCCCCGACAAAAGCCUGCUUACCGAGGCUGGCGCACUCCCACUCGCUACCCCUCCCUCACUACGAUUCCUUCCCUCCUCUCCCGUCACUCCAUGCGCCUGCAUCCCCUCUCCAUCGCCUCUCCCUGCCAUCUCCGUCACCACUGCCCACCCCGUCCUUCUCCGUCCACCUGACGCUGCCGGGACACGAGGAGAGCCACUACGGGCCGGAGGAGGACUACAGCCCCCUUUGA